UCAUCACUGCACAUACAGAGUUACCAAAAUGAAGUUCUUCGCUGUUCUUUUCUUCGUGUGCAAUAUUGUAGUAUUUACAGUGGCUGCCAGUACCACCUCUGCAUAUGCCUCUAGCGCAGCCGCAGCUCCCGCGACAAGCCCUGCAAGUGAACCCCAAGGAUUCAGUGUACAGGUCUCUCCAUCACUGGCGCCCUGCGCGGGAGGUCCUAGUGGACUUCGCGGCCAGAAACUGUACUACUUCUUCUAAAUGAACUCUAAGCUAAAUACUCUGAAGUAAUAAAGUUUAACAAGUUCUAGCCCUUUCAA